AUUAUGCAGCCUGACCACACAUCUAUUUGGCUUUAACUGGAAAAGUAUGGCACUCCACUAUUUCACAACCCUACUAAUACACCACCAGAUAAGCCUUCAAGCUCCAGCUUCUUUAGUCUUCAGUCUUCACUCUAAAAAUAUCAACCAAAUUCAACUUCAUUUCAGUUUUGGUGAUGGGUAUUCGUUUACCAUCCAUGAUUCUUGGUGCCAAACAAGUUUUGAAACUUACUAAAAAUCAAAGAGAUGUACCAAAAGGGCAUGUUGCAGUUUAUGUUGGAGAGCUUCAAAAGAAACGGUUUGUGGUUCCAAUAUCUUACUUGAACCAUCCUUCAUUUGUAGGCUUACUUAACCAAGCAGAGGAAGAAUAUGGAUUCAAUCAUCCAAUGGGAGGCCUAACAAUUCCAUGCAAAGAAGAUGCCUUUAUUAAAGUUACUUCUAAAUUGAAUGCCUUGUGAAAGAAGAAAAUAAUGGCAAGU